GCCGUGGGCACGUGUAAGGCUUAUUUUCGAUCAACCGAGCCAUAUGCGACGCGAUGCAGCUUCAACUCGAAGAAAUCCGACUCCAACUAAAUUGAGAUGCGCUGUUCGAUCAGGAUUGGUAAUUUGAGCUUUUCUCAGUGGUUCAUAAUCCGGACGCAAUAGUGGAUGGUCAUUUCGAGGAAGAUUUCUGCUCGUAUACCUGGGUUUUCUGUCGAUUCUCAGGUUGUGUUUGGAAGGACAGAACUACAUAAAAUUUGGUUGUAAUGAUGUCAAGACCUUGGGUUCUUGUCUGUCUGCUGUUACUGAUCGUAUUCUCCUCACAAUUUGAGUGGAGGCAGCAGUAUGAGAACGAGCUUGAAGCAGGUCCAAACGCUUCGCAGAGAGAACCACAGAUAUCUGAAAGAGAGGAAGCUGUAAAAGAAAAGAUUAUCCUUUCCCAGGAGAAAAAUAUUCGGAGAUUGAAUGAACUGGUGCAUAAGCUUAGAAGACAGUUACUCCAGUGCAGAGGUGAACAUGAGGCAGUGAAUGGCACGGUGACGCCCAUGACCGAGCUUCUAACGGUGCUCGACCAGCAGCCAAUGUUAGAAGAUUAGCUCCAAUGGAACUGACCACCGCUCUCGAUCUUUGCAAGCUCCACUCCGUUUCUGUUCAGUGAUCAUUAAUCUAGCCUCCUGAUGAGAUUGAGUCUGAAUCAGUACUACAUUUUGAUAGGACUUUAACUGUAAUUGUAGAUCAUCUUCUCCCCUAUUCAACUCUAUACACUACUGAUAAGUAUACCAAAUAUAAGCUCUAUUAAAAGUCA